AUUAUUGUUUAUUGAUUAUUUAUUAUUGUAAAUCAGGUCAAACCGAAUUUAAAAUAUACACGAGAGGUGUUGCUUUGAUUUUAAAGACCUUCACAUGUAGAACCGGGGUGGACAAAACAAUGGAAACACGUGUCAGUAGAAUGCAGUACGAUCCAACAGCGCCAGAGUGUGAUGCUGUAGCACCUCCCGGCCAGCAGGGGGCGCUGACCCCUUCUGAAGGACCUCGUCACGUGACUCGUCUCUUCCGCUGCGGGGCUCAAAGGACGCGGAGCCGCCGACAUGACAACACUGAGGCCGUUCACCUGCGAUGACCUGUUUAAAUUCAACAACAUCAACCUGGACCCUCUGACGGAGACCUACGGGAUCCCGUUCUACCUGCAGUACCUGGCUCACUGGCCCGAGUACUUCAUCGUGGCCGAGGCUCCUGGCGGUGAGCUGAUGGGCUACAGUGAGUUCAGUCAUACAUCUGGGUUCAUGUUGAAGUUUGUUCUCUUAUCAAUUAUUUCACAAAAUUAAAAGUUCUCACUUUAUUUGAUACACCU